ACGCUCCUCUAUAUAAACCCCUCCCGCCAGAGCAAAAUCGGUGAAAACACGGAAAAAUGCGGAAGAGGCGAUUCAUUUCGACGAGCGACGAAGAAGAAGAAGAGAAACCGAAAGGCGAAGAAGAAGAAGAGAAGAAGACGAAGAAGAAACAAAAUAAGAAGAAAAAGAAGCUUCCAGAGGAAGAAGAAGAGGGAGGAGAAGAAGAGAGCCGUAGAAACAAAGGGGGAGGAGGGAAGGGAGGAAGACAGGAAGAAGAAGUGGCAGAACCCGUGCAGGAAGAUGCGAAGCCGAUCGGGGAAAUCAUCAGGACCUCCGUCAAAGGAAGGGCCAAGAGGAAUCACUUCUCUGCCUUUGAAUUCGAUGGCAAUCGCUUCGAGCUUGAGGACGCUGUACUUUUAACUCCAGAGGAGAUUGAUAAACGUCAAAAGCCUUAUGUUGCAAUCAUUAAGGAUAUAGCACAGGCCAGAGAUGGGAGUAUGAUGGUUACAGGGCAGUGGUUUUAUCGUCCUGAGGAAGCAGAAAAAAGUCGAGGUGGAAGCUGGGAAGCACGUGAUACCAGGGAGCUGUUUUAUAGUUUCCAUCGUGAUGAGGUUCCUGCUGAAUCUGUAAUGCACAAGUGUGUGGUGCAUUUUGUUCCUUUACACAAGCAGCUUCCACUUCGUUCACAGCAUCCAGGUUUUAUUGUGCAAAAAGUCUAUGAUACUGUUGAGAGAAAACUUUGGAAACUGACUGAUAAAGAUUAUGAGGACUCCAAACAGCAUGAAAUUGAUCUGCUUGUUCAGCAAACUCGGGAACGUAUAGGCGAACUUCCGGAUAUUGAACCAGAAGAUGCUUCUGCUGAUCAGGAUGAUGCAUUGAAGUUCAAACGGAAUCUCAGAAAGAAAACCAUGUCACCGAUUGAUGUUACAAGAGAUGAUGAGACAACCACCAGACAGGACCAAAUGAUCAAAGCUGAAACACCGGGGAGCUGUACGAAUGGUUCUUCUGAGUUUUAUACAAUUUUGGCAAACUUCAAAGCAUUAACAGGAGUUAUGCAUCGUGAUAAAUGUUUAGAGAAACUACUUCAAGGAGUUCGGUUUGUAUGCAAUUCCAGGGAAGACUUGCAGGCGGAUGAUAAAGAAAAGGGUGGAUCAAUUCAUGUUGAUCAUGGAUCUCAGGAAAAGAGUCCGAAGGAUGGUGGAGUCAUUCUGUGGCCUGAUGCUGCUGUUCAAGCAGUAACUGCCCUUGAGAAGGCUUCAUAUGAUUCUCUUGGUUUGGAUUUUCAGAAAUACAACCAAAAGAUGCGGCAGUUGCUUUUCAAUCUCCAGAGGAAUGAAUUGUUGGCAAGGCGUCUAGUGAAUAAAGAGUUGGAACCUUCAGUUAUUCUGAAUAUGUCACCAAAUGAAUUAAAGAUUAAUCUGGAGCCAACAACUGGAUGCCUUCAAAUGCAUGUUCAAAACCAGGAGAUGCACUUCCAUUUGUUAGUUUCUCAAAAGAACACCCACGAUUAUUCCCGGAAAAUUGAUGGCCUAACUUCAGAGGAGAAAUCAACCAAGGAACCUGAGGAGUCAGAAAGCAUUCAGAUGACGGAUGCUCGGUGCUCAAGAUGCACAGAGAAGAAAGUGGGGGUUGCAGACAUCAUCCAAGCAGGAGGAUCUGGGAGUGGGGACCGAUAUCUGUUGCAGUGCAUUGCAUGUGGCAAUACAUGGUAUGCUUCUCGAGACGAGAUCUCUUCAUUGACAAUAGAUGCGCCCAGUGUUGCCGGGAACGUGGGGACGGCGCCAUGGGCCACUGCCAAGUUCGAGGCCGUUGAGAAAAAACUGGUGAGUCCCCGUGAAUCUGAUAAACCGGCUCCUGAUAUUUUCCAGAAAACAACGGCCGCUUACAUGCCCGUACUGGAAACUCAAAAAUCAUUUAAUAGAUCGAAAACCGAGGAACCACCUGCACCUGCACCUGCUACUGACCCCGAGUAGGCAAUAGUCUUUGUUUUUGUAAUCCUGUAUAGAGUAUUAUUAGUGUAGAAACUACAAAUGGAUGUAUAGUGUCUUCUCAGUUCUCCUUACACAACAUAAUACAUGGCUGCUUUCUUAGAUUAGAAACUACAUAUGGAUGUAUAGUGUCUUCUCAGUUCUCCUUAUGCAACAUAAUACAUGGCUGCUAUCUUUU